AUGGCGACUUCCAUCACGGCGAACUUCGGCGACGGCAACUACAUGGUGGCGUUUGAUGAGGACGACAUCUUCACGACCUACACGGCGUCCGGGGACACCGUCAACAACUGGCUCAGCCUCAUCUACCGCAUCCACCGCCGCCGCCUCGACCGCCUCAUCGUCGGCCUUGAUGUGGAGUGGCGGCCCUCCUUCACGCGCGGCGUCCCGCGUGGCCCCGUCGCGCUGCUGCAGAUCUGCGUCGGCCGCCGCUGCCUCGUCUUCCAGAUCCUCCGCGCCGACUAUAUACCGGACGCCCUCCACGACUUCCUGGAGGACGACCGGUUCACCUUCGUCGGCGUCGGGAUCCACGGCGACGUGGGCAAGCUGAGGCACGAGUACGGCCUGGAGGUGGGAAGCUGGCAGGACCUGCGGUACCUCGCGGCGGAGAAGCUGGAGAAGCCGGCGCUGGAGAGCGCCGGGCUGCAGACCCUGGUGUGGGAGGUCAUGGACGUCUGGCCGGAGAAGCCGCACCACGUGCGCGUUAGCGCCUGGGACGCGCCGCGGCUGACGGCGGAGCAGCUGAUGUACGCGUGCGCCGACGCUUUCAUGUCGUUCGAGGUCGGCCGGAGGCUCUACGAUGACGACUACUAG